AUGUUCAUCACCUUUGGCUGGGUCAAUUUCCUAGGCGUCUUCCAGUCCUACUACGAACAAAACCUUCUCCAAAAUUACUCGUCAUCAGAGAUUGCAUGGAUAGCUUCUGUCCAGCAGUGUUUGACAUACAGCGCGGGCAUCCUCCUCGGCAAGGUGUUUGAUGACUACGGACCUCGAUGGCUUCUCAUCAUUGGCGGCCUGGCACAGGUCUUUGGUCUUAUGAUGACUUCCAUCUCGACAGAGUACUAUCAGGUUUUCCUGUCGCAGGCGAUUUGCAGCGCUCUGGGCGCUAGUGCCGUCAUGUACCGUACCGUCGAGUCGCUGGCUACAUGGUGGAAAGCUAGGAGGGCGACGGCGUACGGUAUUGCCAUCUCCGGCUCAUCUGUUGGCGGAGUCAUAUUUCCCAUCAUGGUCAACAGACUGAUGCCGCGCGUUGGAUUCGGGUGGACGAUGCGGGCGGUCGCUUUUAUAAUCCUGGUCGGGGCUCUCAUUGCGAUAGCGACUAUCCGAUCUAAUAGAGGCCACACCCCGACACCGUUCAAAAUAGCAUCAUACUGCACGCCAUUGAGAGAAAUGACAUUUGCGCUUCUCUGUCUUGCGAUGGCCGUGUUUGGCUUUGGGUUAUUUCUUCCCUUCAACUUCAUUCCCCUAGAGGGCCAAGCAUUGGGCAUGUCCUUGGAACUGUCUAUUUACUCCAUCCUUAUUCUCAAUGCGGCGAGCGUCUUCGGGCGCAUCAUCCCUGGGUUCCUGGUGGACAAGUUUGGUCGUUUUAACAUGAUGAUGGUCUGCACAACUAUGUCGGCCAUCCUGACCCUGGCCGUGUGGCUCCCCGGAAGGUCCAACGCGGCAUCACUCUGUUUCUCAGCAUUCUUCGGAUUCUUCUCUGGCUGUUACAUUUCAUUGACGCCGGCCCUUGAUGUAGAGGUGUCGCCGCCAUCUGAGAUCGGACAUCGCACUGGCAUGAUCUACUUUUGUAUUUCCAUUGGUGUGCUGGCUGGCAGCCCCAUUGCCGGUGCGCUUGUUGAAGCUGACGGCGGUGGUUACACGUAUCUCAAGAUCUUUGCCGGCGUUACCAUGCUUGCUGGGGCUGUGUUGAUCAUUGUAUUGCGCUUUUACAUAAACUGUUCAGUCAAACAUAAAGCGAGUGGUGCAAGUCAGAAUAGGACAGACAAGGAAUGA